AAUAAUACUGCUAGUGUACUAGUACGCGUUGUCGCAUCGUUGACCAAUGGGAAGGAGGCGAUAUCCAUCCUCUGUGCUUGCACGGCUCGCCACUGGGAAGGAGGCGACCACGCGCCUCCGCCCCCACCAUGGAUCCGCAGGAGGAUGGCUUCUUCUACUCACACCAUGGCGCGUGCCAUGCCGAUUCCAGUCAAGGGACGGAAUGUAAAGCCCAGAGUUCGGUUACCGCUCGCAAGGUUCACAAGGCUGACCGUGAGAGAAUGCGACGAGACAAAUUGAAUGAGCAGUUCCUGGAAUUGGGAACCACACUUGACCCAGAUCGGCCCAGGCAUGAUAAGGCUACUAUUCUUGGUGAUACAGUUCAGAUGCUCAAGGAUUUGACUUCUCAAGUAAACAAGCUUAAAGCUGAAUACUCUUCUCUCUUUGAAGAAGAAUGUGAGUUGACUAAAGAAAAAAAUGAGCUUCGGAGUGAAAAAGCUUCGCUGAAGUCUGAUGUGGAUAAUUUGAACAACCACUAUCAGCAACGUAUUCAAAUGUUAUACCUGUGCACUACAAUGGAGCCUUCUGUACUCGUUGGGCCACCUCCAUCAUAUCCCUUCUCGCUCCAAGUUCCUAUACCCGCUGGUGCUGUAACUAUGCAUCCACAGCUUCAGCCAUGCCCGUUCUUCCAAAAUCAAACUUCAGGAGCCAUCUCGAAUCCAUGUACUCCUUACAUGGCAUACAGUCAAUCCUGUCAUGCUCCUAGUGAUCAACCAUCUAGCCAGUUCAGUACUCCAGUUCUGCUUUCAAGUAGUAAUCGAUCUCACUCUCCUGCACAAGGCUGUAGAAGCAAGUCACCUUCACUUCAGCAAGCAAGCUGUGGAGGGAGAAAUGAUGAUUUUGGUGAUGUUGCAACUGACUUGGAACUAAAAACUCCUGGUUCCUCAGCUCCUUCACAUUCAGAGAUCACUAACAAGGAUUCCUCUUCUGACUUGAAAAUGAAGAAGCAAUGCAUAAAGUUAAUUAAUGGUAGUACUCUUAUUGAAGACAGCAGUUCAAGCAGAUGUUCUUCUAGUGCCCCCCCACACAAUUCCUCUUCUGUACUUGCCGAAGACCAGUGAUUGACAGUAUUGUACGUAGACAAGGAUAGAUGAAGUAUAGUUUAUAGUAUUUUUUAGUCACGAUGCGUGGUGAUAUCUGUCCACAUUACAAAGCUUAUCUAACAUAGGAACAUGGAUCCUAGUUCGUAUCAGGAUGAAAUCAUCUAUGUGUACUGAAAUGCUCUCCACGAUAAGAUUUCAUGCAUGGCUCAUGUC